CAGCUGGUGCCUCGGAAGGCGGCCGGCGAGCGGACAGGCGUGGGGUGCUGGUGGCCGGCCGCGCCACGCUGCAGGAGCAACCGCCGCCGCCUCGCACCACUGCACCAUGGCCAGCCAACUGGAGCGUUGUGAGCGCGAGUGGCACGAGCUGGAGGGAGAAUUCCAGGAACUGCAGGAUACUCACAGGAUCUACAGGCAGAAGCUGGAGGAGCUGACCGCACUCCAGACUUCGUGCAGCAGCUCCAUCAACAAGCAGAAGACACGACUGAAGGACCUGAAGCACACGCUCCAGAGGUACAAGCGCCAUGCCAGUCGGGAGGAGGCAGAGCUCGUUCAGCAGUUGGGCGCCAGCAUCAAGGAGCGGCAGAACAUCUUCUUUGACAUGGAGGCCUACCUGCCUAAGAAGAAUGGGCUCUACUUAAAUCUGGUUCUCGGCAAUGUGAAUGUGACCCUUCUCAGCAACCAGGCCAAAUUUGCCUACAAGGAUGAGUAUGAGAAGUUCAAGCUCUACCUGACCAUCAUCCUGCUCCUGGGUGCUGUGGCAUGUCGAUUUGUCCUUUACUACAGGGUGACAGACGAAGUCUUUAACUUCCUGCUGGUAUGGUAUUACUGCACCCUGACGAUUCGGGAGAGUAUUCUCAUCAGCAACGGCUCGAGAAUCAAAGGCUGGUGGGUGUCUCACCACUACGUGUCCACGUUCCUGUCUGGAGUGAUGCUGACCUGGCCUAACGGACUAAUUUAUCAGAAGUUUCGCGAUCAGUUUUUAGCGUUCUCCAUUUUUCAGAGCUGUGUCCAGUUCCUGCAAUAUUAUUACCAGAGGGGCUGCCUCUACCGGCUGCGGGCCCUAGGGGAGAGGAAUCACCUGGACCUCACGGUGGAAGGAUUUCAGUCCUGGAUGUGGCGAGGCCUCACCUUCCUUCUGCCCUUCCUGUUUUGUGGCCACUUCUGGCAGCUCUACAAUGCCAUCACGUUAUUUGAGCUCUCCAGCCACGAGGAAUGCAGAGAAUGGCAGGUGUUCGUGUUGGCGCUUACGUUCCUUGUCCUCUUCCUCGGCAAUUUCCUGACCACACUCAAAGUCGUGCACGCCAAACUCCAGAAGAACAGAAGCGAGGCCAAGAAGCUGUGAGCCACGGGGCCAGCGCCCCUCGAGCCCCGGACUUUGAGACUGGCAGGGGAUCCCAGGCGACACCCUCGCUGCCGGGUUCCUCCCAACCAGUGCCAGUGGCCACUGGCAGCAGUGACCUCAGGGGCCAGCGGCAUCACUGGGAGCAGAGCCGAGGCCCCGGUCCCCGGCCGGGCAAGAGGAAUGUGACCCCAGCCUGUCCGUGCAGUAUUAGCCUGCCCCAGCCUCCCUAUUUAUGACAUAUUUAAUAUCGGCCCUCCCCCUUCCCUAGAAUCUGCCGCCCUCUUCCCCCGCUGCUCUCCGCGAGACUGCGUCAGUCUUCCUGAGGGGUGGCGGAGGCUUAGCCUCAGGGACCCCCCUCUGUCCCCCAUCCUGUCGUUUGAGCCCCUCAGGUUGGGCUUAGGACGUGCCUCGCUGGGGUUGGGUUUCCGCUGACCUGCUACUUAACUGAGUCCCAGGCGGGUGGAAGGAAGCCCUUCCGUGUCCCGGGAAGCCUCCCUCCCCGGGGCACCGCCUCUGCUGUAAGCUCCCGGCCUCCGCGCCGCCGCCGCGCGGGUGUUCAGGUUCUCGGGGAACCGCUGUCCGUCUGUGUCUCGUGCUCUUUGUGCUUCCUGAGUCUGCAGCCUGCUGGCCGCCAGGCGGCCCUGCCUCCCACCGGCCCAGGGCGGCCCUGUGGCGGGAGGGUUUUCUGAGGGUCACCACCAGAGGGCGCUCCUGCAUCGUCUGGCUGGUGUGAGGGCUUUUUUUUUUUUUUUUUUUUUCCCCCCCCUCAAAGUUUGGGUCCACUUUUGGGGGCUUUCAUGACCCCCGCCCCUCAGCCCACCUUCCCAGAUUCUCUCCGUGAGCACUCAGGGCGUGGGGUCAAGCCCCUCGGCGCUGGUUGGGAUGUAAGCCAGCGUGGAGGUCUCCCAUGCUCAGGCUUCCUCCCUUCACCUCAGAGGUUCUGGAAUGUGGGGGGCGCCUGAGCAGGCUCACUUCGAGGAGGAGGCCACACUCUAGAGGCCAGGGCAGGUCUGCUGGUCACCUCACGUUAGGUUCUGUAUCUGUGGGGAGGGUGAAGAAGCCAACAGGUUUGGUUGCAUUUUCUGCGUCUUCUCCUCAUAUGGGCCUCAGCCGUCCUUAACGACUUAACUUAGAAAUCCCUGCUGACCAGAGUACAUAGAUGGUGUCCAUAAUCAUGCUCUGGGCCUCAAAGGGGUUUAAACUUUUAAAGUAUGAAAUUUCCCCUCCCCUCCCCCCAGUAAGAUUCCACAUAAAAAUCCAGAUUUCCACUUUCCCUAGAGAAAUGGAAAGAUCUAGAAACAUUCCCACAGAGCAGCAUCUGGCUGGGCUGAGCUGCCUUGUCUAGGGUGGGGUGCUUGCUUUCUAAUUUGCCAUAGGCCCCACCACUCCCUUUUAUCCCUGCCCUACUUCACUCAUUUGGGUCUCCCAUCUGGCCCUUUAGGCACUUGGGUUUGCCCUAGACUAGGAGUUGGCGAACUUUUUCUGUGAAGAGCCAGAUGGCAAAUAUUUUAGGCUUUGAGGGCCAGAUGGUCUCUCACACUACUCUAGUCUGCAACUGGAGGGCAGAAGCAGCCAACGCAUAAACGAAUGGGCGUGGCUGUUUUUCAAUAAAACUUUAUUUACAAAAAUAAA